AUGAGACCAGCCGUAGUACUCUUGCCACUUCUCAUCCUUGCCCUCACUGCUCACAUACCUCGAGCCGAUGGUAAUAAGCCCCAAGGCUGGGGGCAGCACGACCCACACUCCAAUGGUGAUGGCGGGCAGAAGUCAAACAGUGGCGUUGGUCCAGUGAACAACCCACAUUGCCCAAAACCAGGGCGAGGUCCGGACCCCCAUGGUGAUGGACACAGGCCACCAAAGAAUACUGCAUGUGGUAAUGAACAAGAAUCACCAUCACAGCCUGGGACUCCCUCCGACCAAGGUAAUAGCCAGUCAUCACCACCUCCCUCCCCAACCAUGGCUCAGAGCUAUCAACCAAUCAGUCAAUCAUCGCCAUCAAUACCGGCAAGCCCUGCACCCACAGCACCUGCCUAUGAGCAACAGCCACCACCAUCACCAUUGUCUACUCCCCCAACUAUAGCUCCAAUAUAUAUCCAAGCACCUCCACCGCCAUUAACUCCUCCUACUACCACACCUCCAUCCUAUCAAGUAGAGAGUCCACCACCUUCAUCAUCAUCUUAUAGUGCACCAACCAUGCCUCCAAACUAUCAAGAUGAUAAUUCACUGCCUCCAUCAACUUUUAGUCCGCCUCAAAGUAAUAGUUCAUCACCAACAACACCUUCUAGCACACCCUCGAUCCCACCGACCUAUCAAGAUGGAACCCCGCCACCAGCACCAACCUACCAAGAAAAUAACCCACCACCUCUAUCAACUUUCAGCCCCCCAACAUACCAAAGCAAUAGUCCACCACCUAUGUCAUCUUCUAGUCCCCCUGCCACACCUUCACCAUGGCAACCAUCUCCAACAUCAACAACACCAGUGUAUCAAGAAAACUCACCGACACCUCCAUCUGCUUCUAGUUCACCAGCCAUUGCACCAAAUUUCCAAGCAGGUCUGCCAAAUACACCACCACCGAGCCCUCCUACUGCACCUCCGACAAAUCAAACUAAUAAGACUCCAGCAUAUCAAGCAAAUAACCCACCACCUCUGGUCGCCAUGACUCCACCCUAUCAAGCUAACAACCCUUUACCUCCACCACCAUCUAGUCCCCUUGUUAUGCCUCCACCUUAUCAAGAAAACAACCUACCACCUUUGUCAUACUCUAGCCCUCCUCCCAUUUCUCCAGCAUAUCAAGUUAAUAGCCCACCACCUUCUACUCCACCUUCCACACCUCCAAACUAUCAAACCAACAACCCACUGCCUUCACAACCAUCUAGUGCCCCAGCCACACCAUCUAUCUAUCCGGCAAAACCAUCACCGCCACCACCAACAUCAAGUCCCUUACCCACACCUCCACCUAAUCAAGUUGAUAUCUCACCGCCCACAACACUUUCUAAUUCUCCUUAUUAUACACCACAAAACUAUCAAACACCACCUCCAUUGUCUUCUAGUCCCUUAGCUACACCACCAACCUAUCAAACUAACAACCCUCCUCUUUCACCACCUGAUAUUACUCAUGACACACCUCCAACUUAUCAAGUUAAUACUCCACCACCUUUGUCCAAUUCUAGUCCGACAGUCAUGCCCCCGUCGUAUCAAUCGAACAAUCCACUGUCUCCCUCAACUUAUACUCCUCCUGCCACACCUCCAACUAUUCAAGUAAACAAUCCUCCAUCUCCCUCAACUUUUGGUCCCUCAUCCACACCUCCAACCUAUCAAGCUAGAAUACCACCACCUCUAUCAUCUUAUUCUACUCCUACCAUAUCUCCAACAUACCAAAUAAACAAUCUACCACCUCCACCGGCUUCUAGUACCUUAGCCACACCUCCAACCAAUCAGGUUAAUAGCUCUCCACCUCUAGCACCAUAUGUUCCUCUUGCUAGUCCUCCAACCUAUCAUGUUAAUAACCCACCACCCCCUCUACCAUUGUCUAAUCGACCAUCUGUGCCUCCACCAUAUCAAGCUAACAUCCAAACCCCACCACCAUCGAUGAGUCCUCCUCCUGCUCCUACAAAUCCACAAGGGAAUGGCCAAUCACCGCCACCGCCGCCAUCAUCUACACCCCCUACGCCUAUGUCAUAUCGGGCUCCUCCACAACCUAUUCCUCCUAAUGGUCCUCAAGAAUGGAAACAAGUUAGUAACCCCCAUGAUACCUUGUACUGGCAAAUUGGGAGAUUUAUAGUGCUUAUGCAUAGACUAGUUUACAAUAAAGAGUUUACGCUCGUCGAUGUGAUAUCAGUGAGCAUGCAACCAGCGGGUAAUGGGAACAACUACUUUGUCGUGUUUAAAGCUGCAGAUGAAAACAAGAAGGUCAGAAGAUACCAAGCGCUUGUAUGGGGUGUGCCAGGGUCAAUGGCACAACCAUGGAAAGUACUUUCGUUCCAAGAAAUAGGAGAUUAA